UUGCCCGGUGGGGCCCGGAGAUGGGAUGCCGAGCUGCCUCGGGGAGCCUAGAGGGAGCGCGGGCGUCUGCAGGCCGCGGCUGUGACGGGAAGUGAGCUCGCGGCUCAAGAUGUCCACAACAGCGACGGUCGCCUCUGUGGGCAUCCCGGCGGCCCCGGGUCCCGUGAACCCACCCCCACCGGAGGUCUCCAACCCCAGCAAGCCUGGCCGGAAGACGAACCAGCUGCAGUACAUGCAGAACGUGGUGGUGAAGACACUGUGGAAGCACCAGUUCGCCUGGCCCUUCUACCAGCCCGUGGACGCCAUCAAGCUGAAUCUGCCCGAUUAUCAUAAAAUAAUUAAGAACCCAAUGGAUAUGGGGACUAUUAAGAAGAGAUUAGAGAACAAUUAUUACUGGAGCGCAAGCGAAUGUAUGCAGGACUUCAACACCAUGUUUACAAAUUGUUACAUUUAUAACAAGCCCACAGAUGACAUAGUGCUCAUGGCCCAAGCCUUAGAGAAGAUUUUUCUGCAGAAAGUGGCCCAGAUGCCCCAGGAGGAAGUUGAGUUAUUGCCCCCUGCUCCGAAGGGCAAAGGCCGGAAGCCGGCUGCAGGGACCCAGAGUACAGGGACGCAGCAAGUGGCGGCCGUGUCCUCUGUGUCCCCGGCGACCCCCUUCCAGAAUGCCCCUCCUGCUGUCUCCCAGACGCCCGUCAUUGCUGUCACCCCUGUGCCAACCAUCACCGCAAACGUCACAUCAGUCCCUGUGCCCCCCGCCGCCGCCCCACCACCUCCCACGACACCCAUCAUCCCCGUGGUGCCCCCCACACCACCCGUCGUCAAGAAAAAGGGCGUGAAGCGGAAAGCAGACACGACCACGCCCACCACGUCUGCCAUCACCGCGGGCCGGGGUGAGUCGCCCCCGCCACUGUCGGACCCCAAGCAGGCCAAGGUGGUGGCGCGGCGGGAGAGCGGGGGCCGCCCCAUCAAGCCGCCCAAGAAGGACCUGGAGGACGGCGAGGUCCCACAGCACGCGGGCAAGAAGGGCAAGCUGUCGGAGCACCUGCGCUACUGUGACAGCAUCCUCAAGGAGAUGCUGUCCAAGAAGCACGCGGCCUACGCCUGGCCCUUCUACAAGCCCGUGGACGCUGAGGCCCUGGAGCUGCACGACUACCAUGACAUCAUCAAGCACCCGAUGGACCUCAGCACCGUCAAGAGGAAGAUGGACAGCCGAGAGUACCCAGACGCACAGGGCUUUGCGGCCGACAUCCGGUUAAUGUUCUCCAAUUGUUACAAAUACAACCCUCCAGACCACGAGGUGGUGGCCAUGGCCCGGAAGCUGCAGGAUGUGUUCGAGAUGAGGUUUGCCAAGAUGCCGGAUGAGCCAGUGGAGGUGCCUGCGCCCCCCGCGCCUGCAGCCCCGGUGGUGAGCAAGGGUGCCGAGAGCUGCCGCAGCAGUGAGGAAAGCUCAUCAGACUCUGGCAGCUCGGACUCGGAGGAGGAGCGGGCCACGAGGCUGGCGGAGCUGCAGGAGCAGCUGAAGGCUGUGCAUGAGCAGCUGGCCGCCCUGUCUCAGGCCCCAGUGAACAAACCAAAGAAGAAGAAAGAGAAGAAGGACAAGGAGAAGAAGAAGAAGGACAAGGACAAAGAGAAGGAGAAGGAGAAGCACAAGGCCAAGUCCGAAGAAGACAAGAAGGCCAAGACGGCGCCUCCGGCCAAGCAGGCCCAGCAGAAGAAGGCUCCUGUCAAGAAGGCCAACAGCACAACUACGGCCAACAGGCAGCCGAAGAAGGGCGGCAAGCAGGUGUCCGCCUCCUAUGACUCGGAGGAGGAGGAGGAGGGCCUGCCCAUGAGCUACGACGAGAAGCGCCAGCUCAGCCUGGACAUUAACCGGCUGCCCGGGGAGAAGCUGGGCCGCGUGGUGCACAUCAUCCAGUCUCGGGAGCCCUCGCUCAGGGACUCCAACCCUGACGAGAUAGAGAUUGACUUUGAGACUCUGAAACCCACCACUUUACGGGAACUGGAGAGAUAUGUCAAGUCUUGUUUACAGAAAAAGCAGAGAAAGCCGUUCUCCACCAGCGGGAAGAAGCAAGCAGCCAAGUCGAAAGAAGAGUUAGCUCAGGAAAAGAAGAAAGAGUUAGAGAAGCGGCUGCAGGACGUCAGCGGACAGCUGAACAACAACAAAAAGCCCGCCAAGAAAGGGGCGAGGACAGGCGUGCCCACUUGUGAGAACCUGGCUGGGCUUAAGUGGAAGGGGUCAGUCACUCCAGACCAGGCAGCAGGGGUGGGGCGCGGAGCGGGGAGCGGUGACUUCCCUGACCUCUGUGACGUCGGGCGCUCCCGGGACGGAACACCACGGCUGCGUGGCGGUGUGCAGGUUUCCGUACACUGA